AUGACAUCAAAAAAAAACAACAACUACUUUAUUCGCGUGGCAACCAAAACCGGGUUAGAUGAUUUACAAAAGGGCAACGUUGCAAUUUUAUAUAAUUCAAAUUUCCACUCUUGGUCAUACGUUCGAAAAGUCUUGUUCAAAGUUGUGGGAUCGGCCAAUGCGUUAAAAGACGCUGCAACUUUAGUUAAUACAAUUUUUGGUAAUUUAGAAAAGUCAUGGGACAAUUUGAUUAAAGAACGAGGUCAAUGUUUGAAUAACGAGCGGGAGCAUUCGGUUGAAGUCGAUCUCGUAUGUUGGACAAAAAGAGUUUUUGCAGAAAUUAUCAUGUUGCUAGUGGCCGGCCAGCAAUCUAAUUUACUGUCAAACUAUUACGAUCGAAUUAUUGGUAAAAAUAUUCAAAAAAGUGCGGAUGAAGAUUUCUUGGAUCGCUUCUCUCUUGCGUCUGAUUGCGUGCAAUAUUACAUAACUGUUCCACCAUUGAUACGUAACAUUCCAAUUGUACGUAGAUAUACAGAAUAUCUACAUAAUAAUCUGAUAUGGACCAGAGAGUAUGCAUGCAACUUGGUCAAACAGCGCAAAAAAGACAUUAAAGAUUUCGGCAUUGACGAGAAGUUGACAUCGAAUGUGUUGAACAAUUUAUUGACAUCAAAAGAUAUUUCAAACGCAAUAUCCUUGACUGACGAAGAAAUCGGAGAUAACAUAGUAGAAAUGUUUAGUGAAGGACUUGAUAGCCCUUCAAAUACUCUGGCAUUUAUUAUUUAUUUUGUUGGAGCUAAUCCAGAUGUUGAAAACAGCAUUAUUCAAGAAAUUAAGAAU